GAUGGCGGAAGCCAACUUGAUGUUCUAGAGAUCGCAAAAAAGUUUUUAUUUUAUAAUAUUUUUCUUUUAAUUUUAUAAACCAAAUUUGUAUCAAAAUUUGCAAUUAGUCUGUUUGUUUGUGUGAGUAUAAGUGCAUUGUGAUAUUAUUUGUAACCAAGGAAGAAAAAUCUAACUCGCUAAGAAGAACUCCUUUAUACAUUUUUUUUAUACAUUUUACUACAAUAGUCUACUUAAAGUUUUAUUAAGUACCUAUAUUUACAUUGUAUAUAUAUAUUGUUAACGCUUUUCGUUUCGUGGUGUAAUUUAAUUUAAAAGAAAAUAUUUUUAAACAAAUAACCAUAUGAUUUUUGAGAAAAUCUACCAAGAUCUGAUAUACGCCUCUUGAGUUGGUUUUAUUUAUUAAUAUUAAAUCAUAAUGGAGGCUAUGCAGUACGAAUUGGCUCGAAAUAUGACCUUGUUGUUCUUCUUCGAACGUCUCCUCGACAAGGGAGAACCUAGAACGUUACACGAUUUAAGCUGCCAGUUUGGGUCUAAAGGCUUCACGAAAGAGAUGAGACAGAUAGCAGGAGGAAGUCAAAGCGGCUUAAAAAAGUUCUUGACACAGUACCCUGCUCUUUUCUCUAUGGAAGGAGAAUAUGUGACGAUAAACACGUUUCAGCACAGCAGUAAUAAGGAUUGUUCAGGUGGCAAAGAUUAUAAUACGCAAGCUGUGGAGUACUUCUCCGAAAAACUCGCCCAAUACGGCGAGGGUACUGAAGUGCCCAUCCGCAGCCUCCUAGGCCACAGAUCUCAAGCGAGUCCAGAAGUCCGGCAUGUCUCGGGUCAACAUUUCCAUGAAUUCAGGGAGUUCCUACUUAAGCAUCCGGAGUCUUUCACUGUCGAUGAUGAGAAAGAAACUGUGAUUCUCGCGAACUUCAGCGCGGUGAAGAGUCAUUGCCCUCCAGAACUACACUUCCAACCAGACGUUAAGAUAGAUCCGCAAGAGACCCAGACGCUGUUGGAUUUUUUAGCGCAGUGCAUCGAGGUCAAAGGCCCUAUCUUAGUAGAACAACUAUUCCAGAUAGUCAGCUGCAACUUACCAGAAAGCAUGUGGUCGAACCUCUUUAACACUCCAACGCACCUGACUAGUUUCCUACGAUUGUUCUCGGACAGCUUCCACAUACAGUCGAAUCUAGUGACGCUCCUACAGGCGCCGAAAAUAAACCAAAAACAUAUCUCCGCUCAGGUAUCGCUCAUCAGAGAAAACAAGAAAAACAACGAGGAGCUGAAAAACGCAAGAAACUUAGCCAACGACAGCAAGAACGAAAUAAUCGAGAAGGUCAACUUGAAAAUCGAGAAAGCACCUUCUCCGCCUUUGGAAAUUAAGACGGAGAAAGUCGUGCAGUUAUCGCCGAGGUCCAUCAGUGACAGGUUGAAACAGCCGAAGUUGCAGCAGAAGUUGUCCGAGGCCCAAGCGAAAUCGCUGAGUCCCGAACCGCCGCUGUCGCCAGUUCCUCAAGCACCGGUUAGCUUAAUUCCCCAAAAUGACGACAGGAGUAAAGGAGUUAAUUUUAGAUUAGGCAAAUUAAAUAAACAAAUCUCAGAACCUGCAGAAGAGCCCGUCAUUCCACAGAGUCCUCAAUUACCCCAAAGCGAACCUGUCCGACCCGCAAACAAACAGGCUUCCACCUACAACCAGUCCCUAAAGCAGAGAAUAAACAACCUCGUGCUGAAAACGCUGCAAGAAAACACUGGCCGCGAAAGACAGACUCUGCUUAACCACCAGACGCACAGCGAUUCGUGGAAGGCAAAACUAUUCCAAAACACCAGGGUGAUAUGCAGCAUAAGGGAAUGCCAAAUGGUCAUCGAGGAUAUUAUGAGCAAAGCUACGCCUAACAACAACAAGGCGUGGCCUUUUUCCACCGAUAAGGUGGUGGUGGGAUUCGAUUGCGAAGGCAUUAAUUUGGGAAUAAAGGGCCAGCUUACCUUGAUGCAAAUCGCAUCGAUGAGUGGAUUUUCGUACGUUUUCGAUCUGAUUUCCUGCCCACAAAUGAUAGAUAACGGCUUGAGGAAGUUGUUAGAAAGCGCCGACGUGGUCAAGAUUAUGCACGACUGUCGGAACGAUUCCGUUAACCUCUACAACCAGUUUAACAUCACUCUUCAAACCGUGUUCGAUACACAAGCGGCACACGCCGUCCUCACAUAUCAGGAAACCAGCCGACCGGUCUACAAAGCUAAAAGCGUAGCUCUGAACGCCCUCUGCGAGUGCUACGGAGCCCCCAUCAACCCCAUGAAGGACCAGCUGAAGAAUAUCUACAGACGAGAUCAGAAGUACUGGUCUAGAAGGCCUCUAACGAGGGAAAUGAUACUUUACGCUUCGGCGGACGUGUUGAGUUUGGUUAACGAGAAGAUCUACUAUCCUAUGAGUAAGGCCAUUAGGGAGGAGAACAGGGGGCUCAUGCUGGAACUCUGCGAAGAGCAGAUAUUCAUGCACAUAAACCCAGAUACAGUGAAACUGAAAAAGAGGCAAAGAAAAACAGAGACGGAGGUGGCAGAGCUGCGAGUAAAGUUGGCACAAGCCACUAAGAGUGUUGUACUGAGCAAUAGAGAGGUUAGGUUGCUGAGGUAUAUCGAAUUGACGGACGAGGAAAAGGAGAAACUGAAAUCGUCCGCUAAGGUAGCGAAGAAACUAGAAAAAUUGGAAAGCUUGGGCCAAGACAGAGACGGCGACAGCUCGGACGACGACGGUGAAAACGAACAGGACUACCCCAGCCUGGAAAGCGACAUGACGUCUCCCCGAAACUCCGAACCCACGAGUCUCACGGAAUCCAUGCAGCUGGUCGAUUCGAUACUCAACGACAACAAGAUCGACCGUCUGGUAAAAAUCGACAAGUUAGAGUCGAUCCUGAGCGCCGCGGCCCUCCUACAAACCGAAACUGAUCCGGGCAAGUGCAACUGCAACUGCCACUGUAACAAGCUGAACAACGGAUACAGGCAUCAGGAUCGAGUCGUGUCUCCUACUAACGAGUAUGUUAGCAGUGUUAAAGACAACGAACCCGGAUUCGCCAAAGAGAACCACACCAACGUUGCGACGCAAACGCUCAGCACGGGCGAUAUCGUCGUCACGAAAAUAUAUUUUACCGAGACGACUGAAUGAGAGAAUUGAGGUUAGUUUUUUUUUUGGGAAAAAAUCUUUGAUACCGCACUAAACAGUAUCGGUACACGAUAUUCUAAAGAUUAGUUGUAGAGGAAGACUAAUGCUCAAUAACCUGAUUUUUUUUAGUGGGAAUUUUGUUAUAUUAUUUAAAAAAUGGCCUUAAGAGAAUGAAUUGAUUAAACCAAUUGUAAAUAGUUAUUAGAUGCAAUAAUUUAUAAUUUAACGUUAUUUAAUAGCCGUUAUUUUUUCAUAGGUUUGAUUAGAUGACGGGCAUAAAGUACUUAAAGGUUAGCGAGAUAUAUGGAUAAGGUAGAGUUUUUAGACUUUUUAUAUGAAAUACGGGAAACUUUUUUAUAUAAUUUGUAGUUUUGCGGAAAUGGUCGCAGGCAAGACGCAAGGAGGUAGUUUAUUUGUUAGAAGGAACGACAGGAUUAAUUUAAGGCAGGUAAAAUAAUGUGAACUAUUAAAGGUAAUUUUUUAUUACAGGGUUUUUGCAAAGGUGUGCUGCAGCUGAUUCUUUUAUUUUUUAUCGUGCAGCUUGUUUUUUAUUUUUUAUUUUUUUUGACUUGUUCUGUGAUGAUUUUUAUGUCAAAAGUUUUUGGGGCAUUGAAAGCGAGGUUUUUGAUUAAAAAAAUCAAAUAUUUACAAAUGCGUUUUUGGUGUCAUAUGUCAAACUCAGGUCGACCAAAACACUACGUACAUAAAGAACCUUAUAAACAAACAACUCUUUUACUUUGCACUUGUGUAGUGUAUUGGGUUGGGGAAUAAAUAGUGUCUGUUUUUUUCUCAAAUUUAAGAUUUUUUUUUAACUCUACUCAGUGAUGUAUUCUCCAUCGUUAUUUAUGACCUCAUCGCAACGUUCAACAAGUUUCUUGAUGCUGUUCUGUAGGAACUCUCCGGGUUCGACUCGAAAAACUCGUCCAACCAAGCUCUUAACCCGUUGUUAAAACAAACACCGCAUAAGAAGUUUGACAAAGAGCAGAGAGUUCGACAUCUUCAUUGACGGUUUGAUUAUUCGGUAAGAGUUCGAAUAAAGAAUCCCGUUCCGAUCCCACCAGAUGCUUAACAUUGUCUUUCGAAGAUGAAGCUCUGGUCUCGUUCGCGGAAUUGCUUGUUUUUUGGGUCAAUCAUUUUUUUCGUUGUUUCAAAUUCACGUACAGACAGCUUUUUCCAUCACCAGUAACAAUACGAUGAAGAAAACGUUCUUUAUGACUACGUGUUGAUCGAUGACGCCAGAGCAAACCAGCGGCAAUUGCUGAGCGUUGAUUCGCAUUGUUUUCGUUCAAAACGUGGAGUUUUAAACUUUUCCCAUAGAAUGCAGGUGGUUUACCAAUUUCCCUUGUUGAAUGUCUUGGAUUUUCAUUAAGGACUCGAAUCAAUUGCUCCUCAUCAAAUUCAACAGGUCGCCCAAAACGAUUCAUGUCUUUAAGGUUCAAAUCACUCUUUUACUUUGCAGUUGUGUAGUGUAUUGGGUUAGGGAAUAAGUAAUGUCUGUUUUUUUCUACUUUAAAUCUACUCUGAUGUAUUCUCCAUUGUUAUUUAUGACCUCAUCGCAACGUUCAACAAGUUUCUCGAUGCUUCUUCUAUAGGAAUUCUCUGGUUUCGACUCAAAAAACUCAUCCAACCAAGCUCUUAACUCAUUGUCGUUAAAAGAAACACCGCGUAAGGAGUUUGACAAAGAGCGGAAGAGGUGAAAAUCAGGAGUGGGAUCGGGAGAGUAAGGCGUGUGCGGCAGAACUUCCCGAUUCAACUCCGAAAUGGCCAUUGUGGUCAUACUGGCGAUAUGUGGUCGUCCACUCUCAUGUUGUCGUAUUGCCGAUCAGAUCUUUUUUGUUGAAUAGCGUCACCCUAGUUGUUCGACAUCUGCGUUGACGGUUUGAUUACUCGGUAAGAGUUCGAAUAAAGAAUCCCUUUCCAAUCCCACCAGACGCACAACAUUGUUUUUCGAGGAUAAAGUUCUGGUCUUGUUCGCGGAAUUACUUGUUUUUUGGGUCUAAACUAUUCUUUCUGCUGUUUCAAAUUCAUGUACAGACAGCAUUUUUCAUCACCAGUGUCAAUACGAUAAAGAAAACGUUCUUUAUGAUUUUUUUUUAUAUGUGUUGAUCGAUGACGCCAGAGCAAACCAGCGGCAAUUGUUGAGCGUUGAUUCUUAUUGUUUUCGUUCAAAACGUGGAGUUUUUGAACUUUACCCAUCGAAUGCAGGUGGUUUACCAUUUUCCCUUGUUGAAUGUAUUGGAUUUUCAUUAAGGACUGGAUUCAAUUGUUCUUCAUCACCAGGGUAGCGUAGUCAGUCGAGCAUUCGGUGGCUCGACCUCACUUCCUAUUCUGGUCCGGGUUCGAUCCCUGGUUUCGGUACUGGCAAUGCCGAUGGGUAAUGGGUGUUUGUCUGCGUUUUUUCAAGUGUAGCCCCCUUCCGCACAGCCUUUGGCUUUGAAUUUGGGGGUUGUCUCAUUUCUGUGGUGUGUUUUAUGUUUAUGUUCAUCUAAUUCAACAGGCGUCCCCAAUGAUUCAUGUCUUUAAGGGCCAAAUCACCUUCUUUAAAACAUGAAAACCGUUAACGAGCCGUUUGUUCAAUCGUUUGUUCAAUCGUAAAGCAGCUAGAUCGGCUUUAGCAAACAAAAGCAAGUACCGAAAAUGAUUAAUUUCAAAUUAAUGAAAAUUCACAAUCGUAACGAAGCAACCAAGAACACAAUCUGAUAGAGUGAUGUGUCAAUUUAGCAAUGCGUUUGAAUCUCAUGUGAAUUUUUAAAUUCGAAAAAACUGACAUUAUUCCCCAACCCAUUAUUUGGCGUUCAUUCUGUUGUGUUGGUUGCACUUAUUGUGUAGUUCCCUCGUAACAUUGUUUUAAUUAUUUGUUGUAAUGGUCUUGGGAUAAUAACAACUAUUAAAUAACAAUCCAGUAGUAUAAUAGUGGACCUGUCAGUAAUAAAAAUUUAACGACACAGUAGGUCGGUAUCCCUCAAAAAAUGAUUAUGAAUCGUUGUCGUUUUAUAUUUAUUGAAAUGGCGGGAUUAAUUUCACUGAAGUAAUAAUUUCAGUCAAUUAUUUAUUAACAAAUUAUUUGUUGUUAUCGUAGAUUGCAUAAUUAUAGAAUAGAAUAAUAUAUUUUUACCAUUUUUAACUGAAUAAAAAUAUUGAACUUGAUACUACAAAAAAAAUAUAUAAGGAAAUAUUUUGGGAAACAAUCUUUGUACCGGAAAAUUAAUUUUUUACCAAAGAAUUUUUUUCCGUAACUGGGAAAACCUUUAUCAGAAUUUAGAUCAGGUUUAGCACUUAUCUUUUUAUAACUAUAAAAUUAUAUAUCUUUUUUUGUUAAAGAAUCGUGAAAUGAUGCAUAGCUAAAAAUUAUUUACGUUUCACGGUACUAGUUAAUCGGUGCUUUAAAUUCUUUUCGCGUACUAGAGCAAAUGUUAAUUUUGCUGCCAUAUACGUAACGAUUAUAAUUACAAUGAUUGUUUUAAUUGUUUAAAUUAUUUCCAAGGUGAUAACUAAUAUAGCUGUAAUAGAUUUAUGUUUAGCCUGCGUUGGUUUCUUUACGGACCAAAAAUCUCACGAAACGUGUAGAUGUCUAUAUGUUGUUUGUUAAACCCUUAUACGCCGUAGACUAUAUAAGGUCUUUUUAUCUUAAAUAUUUUAAGAUUGUUAAGACUAUUUAUAAAAUGAUUUUAUAUUACUUGAGCAAUAUUUAUGUAUUAUCUAACAUACAUUAUGUUUGCUGGUAAAGGUUUUUAAAAAUAAAAUCAAAUAAACG